CAAAAGCAGGAGCUGAAAAAGACUGGAAUGCACUUUUUCAACUACGAAGGAGUUCGUUGUUUUAGUCGACGUGAAGAUAAACUUACUUUUACUAGUGAAUUUUAUGUAUCAUUUUCGUUAGUGAAUCGAGCAAGACGUCGAACGAUGGCACGGCAGCAAAUAGUAUAGUUUAGGUUCUUUUUUCAUAGGUUCGAAAGAAUGUAGUUAAUAAAGCAAAGGACCAGGAGACAAAGAGACAAUUAUUGUUCGAAUAUAGCUCCGAUCUAACAAGCAGAGCUUUGUGUUCUUCGUCGUCUUCGCACACCAUAGUGGCUGAAUUUGAAGUCAUGAAGUCUCGGAGACGGAGCAGCUUGUUCUGUGUUCAAAAGCUGACGAGAUUGAGCGAGACGAGCGAUAUUUUGAGAUUGAUAUUAUUUGGCUAUCAAUUUUCGUGCAGACGAGGGUACAACAGGUUUCCCCUGCUGUGGACGGCGAGUCGUAACCUCCUAUCCUAAUGUGCAUACCACCUAGUGCGAUUUCGAUUCGUUUUUGCAUCAUUACAUCGCAACUUUUACCAGUUCUCCCCUUGUGACGAAAACUUCUGGUUCCUAGGCUUGUGGCAUGAAAACUUCUACGGUCUAACGGAUGAAUGACAAGAUGAGACGACUCAAAACUCCAAGAACAUGCCUGACGCCGGCUUAAUCAUGCCUGACGGAAGGCAGUGUGGUAGGAUGCAUCUGUGUUGAGACGAGGUGGUCUUCACCAAGCAGGAACACUUCUAGUGGGCGCAAGGCGACUUGAAAUCACGUUCUCAACGUUAAUAACCAUCACGUUUUCAACGUCUAAUAACCAUCACGUUUUCAUCAACGAGUAACCAUCACGUUUUCAACGUCUACAACUUGAAGUCGCGUAUUCAACGUCAAAACCAUCACUUUUUCAACGUCUACAACUUGAAAUCGCGUUCUCAACGAGUAAUAACCAUCACAAGUGGAUCCCGGAGACGAGCAUCUUCUGUCACUAUGCCACGUCGCACACUACUAGUUUCUUUGCUGUUGGUCGCCAGCGCCAACGCAUUUGACCGGGAUGGUCAUGAAGCGAUAGGCAUGACGGCUAAUUCCGCGAUACCCAGAGGAAAGGUGUUGCAUACACUGAAGCGACUUCUUUUAUGGCAUAAAUAGAUCCUGUCCGUCGUGACUGUACUAGUAGAAGAAGUGAGAUUGUGAAAGAAACCGGAUGUUGUCUGCUGUCAGUCAAGGAUGUGUAUUCAUCUCUUUAAACAAGCGCAACAUGAUCCUCCUUUUACAACGAAAAUUGCUACGAGUGAAUCACGUAUUAUCAUUAUGUUGUUGAUGUUGAUAAUUACCCAUAGUAUUAGUCCUAUACAACGAAGAUUACAACAACGAAAAGUGAAGAAAAACGCAAGACCCUCUUCUAAUCCCUCAAGGCAAGGAUAUCAUGGAUGUGAGCGGUUGGGCCCAUAUGGUCGACAACAAGCUACCUUGGACAGAAGCGCUGCACUACCAGAAAUACGAACUAGGUACUUGCUACUUACAACAAGUACAACUGUUCUCGUCAGUCCUAUGCUUACAACAACAACUUGAGGCGUUGAAGUUCAAGAACAAGUACUACUGCAGAAGUUUUAGUACUAUACUAUCAGUGAAACUGAACGUCGUGAACCUUUUCUUACUGAUUCUUCCACUUGCUUCAUCUCCAGGUACCGGCAGCAACUACGAGGAACAGUGCCAGAGCUUGAAGCUCCUAUCUGACGCGAACAAUUGCCCAUCGGGCCACUGCCUCAUUGGCGCUUUGGGAUACUUUUUCUUAUGGAUUUAUUAUAGGGUUCACCUUGAUCAUGUUCUUGAUACUAUCUAUGAAAUUGAUUUUCAUAGAGUAAUCCAAUCCAACUAGUACAUACUACAUACGACAUGCUAUUACAGCAUAGGGGUCCUGUGAAAUUACUACAGCAGGGAGAUUCUUGACAUUCAGAUUGAGCAAAAGCAUGAGUGCACUUGGGGGACUCAUUUUCCUAGGUCUCUCUUCUGUAUUUUGCUUUCCCUCGUCUGCACCCUCUAAUCUCCUCCAUAAUCGCAAAAAACGACAAGGAAACGCCGAGUGUGAAGCUAGAAUUGCCAGCAGGACAGACGUUCACGGAGGCUGAUGCAAUGAAGUUUCUGGUAAACUUAGUGGCGGAUGCACAUCAGCCGAUGCACUUCGUCCCAAGUACGGGUCCUCUCGGGACCAGCAGUGUUGUGACGAAGACCUCCGAUUUACCCACUAUGAAAAAAAAAUUGAAGAUGAAGGCCAUUCCCAAGACCAACUUGUACGAGUUCUGGGACAAAGACUUGACACAAAGUAUAAUUUUAUUAUUUACAACGCCUGUUCUUCUUGUAAUAUUUUAUUUAUUAAGGAAUUAAGAAUAUGGACUGGUGGCACAAAGUAAAAAGUACUUUUUUACACUCUAGUAUUUGUUUCUCAUAAGGAAAUUCUUUGAGAUUUAUUUAGAUUUUUCACGGAUGAACAAAGUACUGCUACAUUAACUUUUUUUAGAGCUGAUGCUGAUCUUCUAUGUAUCAGAACCAGAACUGCCACGUCGACGUAGUAGUUAUCGUUAAGUCUAUUACACGGCGUUCACAUUUUCGUAUCUUACACAAACACACUCUCGCCCAGACAUAAAAGAGGGUGCUCCUUCGUGGUGGGAUGGUGGCUGGACGAAUAUUUACCGUGGACGAGCAUUCGGAAUCGAAUUUGAUGCGCAGCAGGUGUUUGAAAGUUAUGGGUUACAUCAAAUUACAUUCCCCAUCAUUGGCUCUCUUCCGAACUACCAUCUUCAUUGGCUCUCUUCCUAACUAGUUGGGUUUCCGAUAUGUGGUUUCCGAUAUCUUGAUGGGGUUUUGGUUUGUUUGUGUGUGAUAUUGAGAAGUCGUCUUAUGUUUGUCGUUGUGUCUCCCCGCACUAGUACCAUUGUUCUUGGCUCUUUAUUUCCUUUUCGUAGUAGACUAAAAGAAGUCACCAGGUGAAAUGUUGUGCGGAAAAGUGUAAUUUUUCUGUAACCUCUAAGAAAGGGAAGAUAAGGAGCUGAAAUCGAAAGCCGUAUUGCCCUAUGCGCUCUUCGAACGAUGGGCUACGGAAACAGCAAAGUAAUUCAAAUUUUUCCUUCGUUUUUUAUAAUUUUACCUCCAGUUGUACUAGUUCUACAUCGAAGACUCGUCUCAUUUUUCCAACUAGAAAAGCCUGCGGAAAACGAGAUCAUCGAUCACUUUCCACAAUAAACCCUAAGAAAUUGUAACCAAUCUCGUGAGGCAUCCCUAUCAUCUUUCGUCAAUUCCCUCACUCCCCCUCCCAUUCUCCCACUCUCAGAUACGCCUGCCUUUCCGCCUAUCGAGACGGCACGAACCUUUUUCAGGCUGGGGAUGAUGAAACCGAGGUGAGUGAGAAGAGUUACAACGCGUGGAAGGACAAGAUACUCGAGAAUAUGCUAGCUGCGGGAGCUAGAACGGCUAUUACCGUCAACGCCAUCGUCGAAGCCGUGGGUGACUCUUUAGUUAUGAUGAUGAAUGAAUAAUGACUAAUUAUGGUUCUAAGAUCUGUUGACGGUUUGCUUCAUGAAAGUCGAAGACUUCCAACUCAGCUUAGCGAUGACAGUUUUUUUUUUAGAUAUGACUAAAGGUAAAGAGUCAGGGAAAUCUUAGGCAGAUUGCCGAGUAGAUUCCUUCGUAUCAUCAUGACUAAAGAGUCACCCACGGCUUCGACUAAAGGUAAUCUUUUCUUCUUUAUUAACCACGGAGAAGUCUUCACUACACACUUCCUGUUACUAUCUUCUCUUGCCAGUGGUAGAGAAUGAGCACCAAAGACGUAUGAUUGACGAUGAUGAUGAUGCUGAUGACUGAGAGAGAAGACUCAUAAGUCUUCUCUUCUUUGUGCCUCAAAUUCCUCUAAGGCCAAGACGUCGGCGCAAGCGGUGAACCCUGAUGGAAAAGUCGGCGCUGGUGCAGGUGCAACCUUCAACACUGCAUCAGGAGUUGCUGAGGUACGUGCAGUACUAGAGUUCUUGCAUUUCUGAUUCUGGCACAAGGACUCUCUGACGUCAUCUAGUAGCGACUAGAACUUCUACCAAAAUGAUGAUCUAAGUCAAACAUGGAUACCAGGAGACACCACAAGCAAGAACUAUGAUAAAAAGAACAACAACUACCCAAAUUAUAUUUUUAUAUCUUGACUUGAGUACUUGGACUACUAGAUAAUAACUUCAACCUGAAUGAAGAUGUUGAUACUUCUCGGCUAGUGCUUUUACUCUUCACUCCAACCACACAAAGAAGAAAUAUAGAAACAAAGAACCCGCAAUCAACGAAGAAGACUUAUUUUUAGACCACCAUGAAAAAUGCUAAUCUUAUGCUGCAUGUGACUACUUACAAUUACAAUCAAUACGCAUACCCACAGGUAACAUCCGAUGAGGAAGAUUUAGAUCUUUUUCAUGGUGUGGGAGAUUUGAAUCUGAAAAGAGGCCGUCAUGCACACGCAGGACGAGAGGCCUUCCAGAAUUUUUGCAUCAACUUGCUCAUCUUCAUCGUCGAACUCGGAAUGAUGAUGUUCUUCUUUCACUACACUUAUGAGGGCAGAUUGCCGAGUAGUUAUAGAUUCUAAUCCAGGAGGCAUGUAGUUUAAUCCAAGAGGCAGGUUAGUUCUCAUGAUAAUUUGACUCUUCUACCAUGUUUCCGUUAUUCUCCACCUUUUGCGUGUUCAGAAGUCAGACAGGGAAAUCUUAGGUAGUUUGCCGAAUAGAUUCACACCAUCACGCAGAAUGACAAGAAUAACAUCACAGUUACAACUAUUUUUAACGAAUCCUCGCCAGGGGAACUAAGUUAAGGCAAUUAUUUGCUCAAUAGCUGAGUACUCGCAUCAGCAGACCCUCGCACAUCUUCUAACCCCUUGGUUCGAACGCUGCCGCUGCCACAGCGACAGCCCUGGGCGGAACGUACAAUCUGGGACCGAACAAGAACGAGCCACCAGGCAUCCAAAUGGGGGCCAUCAAGCGCUUGGACUAGGCGAGAUAGUAGUAGGAGUAGUAGUAGGAGAGGAGUGGAGGAGACACUAGUAGGAGAGGAGUGGAGGAGACACUAGCAGGAAGACAUCUGGGGAGGACAUCUGGGGAGGAUAUCUGAAGAGGUCCGCUGGGGAGGAUCAUGUGGAAGGGGUUAGGAAUAAUACAAGAAGAGGGAAAAAAGGGAAGUAGAAGAAGGUGACAGAAGAUGAAGAAGGGUGCAAGGUAUACGUAAUAAAGGAGGCAGCUUCUUCGAUAACUUAAAAACCAUUAGCUAUAGUUUUUCAGGAAUUAAGGAAGGCAAAGGUGUUGAACCUAAGUAGAGGGGAGGAGGCAAGACAUCUGAAGUAGUGUUGUAUUGGCGCAGCAGGCCAAUGAAAUAUGCGACUGCGUGCCUCGAAGUGGUCACUUCAUAAAACUGUAGUAAACUCUUUUGGGCACCAACACGAUAUAUUCCUAGACUUUUUUUUGGAAUCACAGGAGGAGAAGGAGUGUGCGGAUGAGCUACAUCGUGAUCGUUUGUGCAUAAAAAACAAAAUUAAAUUUAUCUUUUUUUUGGUUUUCAGAGACACAUCACAGAUCACACCCAGCACAUUGCUAUUGAUAUUCAUUGUCGGCUAAGAUGAAAAAUUGAGACUUGUGCGUUACACCAGAGCUAUUGAAGAGUGUAAAAAAUUAAACAUUCAGCUUUCCUACCAGCAUUAGAAGAAAAAAGACUUUGACUUGCAACGUCAUCACAAAAUUUCUCCAAGACUAGGUUGCUACAACAACAUGAUACAACAUCGACUCGUCAAUCCACGUUCAUCUACAGCUAUUAAAUAUAAUUAAUUAGUAUGUUUGUUUGUUAUCCUCGUAUUGGUGACCGCGUGAAUGAGUGAAAAUCAUCACCAUCUGGAAGAUCUUGUCCUUGAAAAAACUUGACAUCACUGUACUUGUAUCAACAAAUUGCGGUUUGAAGAUUCAGGGAAGAAUUGCAGUUGCUUGAUACAGCUUCGAAAAGAUAGCCAGCACAACGACGCGCUUCGAAUGUCGAACUGCCGAGGACGUCACCAC